CCCCUCUAUGUUCUUGUUUUAUGGAUAACCAAUGCAUACAUUAUACUGUACACAGAACCAAGGCAUGAGCCGAUGUGCUCCGGGUCGAAGCCCCACGCAGAUCGUCCACGCAAAACCGAUUAAGUCCGCCCGCUAUAGCACCACCUCGUAGACCGAGCAUAACCUCCGUAUGCAGGGUGCAUAAAGUCCAUUACCCUCCAAUCAGCAACCUCGGACCAAGAUACCAGACCCACUUUGGACCUCCUCCGGCACGGCCAGUCGAUGAUGACAGCGGCAAAUCCGUAAAAUCCGGUAUAUCCGGACAGUACGCUCGAUAGACUAUGUUUAAGCACAAAUAUAUCUAGCACCGUCAGUCGCAUUCGCACGGCCAAAACACGACUCCACUCCAGCAGAAGAAAACCACCCCAGAAUGUCAAGCCACCUCGAAACCCGACCCCUGGGCAAAGACGGCCCCUCCGUGCCCCGCCUCGGCUUCGGCACGAUGGGCCUGAGUGCCUUCUACGGCCCUACCAAGCCCGACGCCGAGCGCCUGGCCCUGCUCGACAAGGCGUACGAACUGGGCGAGACCUUCUGGGACUCGGGUACAUCCCCCGCCCCUCCUUUACCACCCCAGUCCUCCCCACACUUCCCAUGCGAGCACAGUACUCACCAAAAGACAGCGGCCCUCUACCUCGACAGCGAAACGCUCCUCGGCACCUGGCUGCGCGCCAACCCGAGCAAACGACCGCAGAUCUUCCUAGCCACGAAAUUCGGCGCCGAGUUCGAGGACGGGCGGAUGAUCAUCGACAGCUCGCGCGGCCGGUGCCUGUUCUCGUGCGAGCGCAGCCUGCAGCGACUGGGCGUCUCGCAGAUCGACCUGCUGUACGCGCACCGGCUCGACCCGGCCGUCCCCGUCGAGGAGACCGUGCAGGCGAUGGCCGAGUUGCAAUCCGCCGGCAAGAUCAAGUACCUGGGGCUGAGCGAGGUCAGCGCCGCGACGCUCCGGCGGGCCUGCCGCGUCCACCCCAUCGCCGCCGUGCAGGUCGAGUACUCGCCCUUCUCGCUGGAGAUCGAGUCCCCGCAGACGGACCUGCUCAAGACCGCGAGGGAGCUGGGCGUGGCCGUCGUGGCGUACUCGCCGCUCUCCCGGGGCAUCCUGACGGGGCGGAUCCGGUCGCGGGCCGAUUUCCCCGAGGGGGAUCUGCGGUUGGGGAUGCCGCGGUAUCGGGAGGGGAAUUUUGAGAAGAAUUUGCAGUUGGUGGAGCGGUUGCGCGGGUUUGCGGACGAGAAGGGCUGUACCGUCGGUCAGCUGGUGUUGGCGUGGUUGUUGGCGCAGGGAGACGAUAUCUUCCCCAUUCCGGGGACGACUCGUCCUGAAGCUUUGGUGGAGAACGUCGCGGCGUUGGAGGUGCGGUUGACGGAGGAGGAGGUUGCGAGGGUUAGGGCGGUGGUGGAUGAGGUUGAGGUGCUGGGGGGGAGGUAUGGGGAGGAGGCGCUGAAGACGUGCUUUGUGGAUACCGUGCCGUUGGAGUAGCAUUCUGGUUUGUGUAUAUAGGUCUAAGCUUGAAGCGGUAGUACUGUCACCUUUGCUGAAGAUGGUCUUGGUGGCAGAUUGUAACUUAUCGACGGUAUUAGUGUGUGGUCGGCUGUGACCGUACUGUACCUAGCAGGAUCCUCAUGCCAUCCUAAAUCCGCAACAAGAAGAGUCUGUUGCCUGUAAGCGCUGAGGAGCGACAAGUGUAUCAUGUAGAGAGUGUGAUGCAGCUGCAUGAGUCCAGCCCUGACCCUAAAAAGACACCAACUCCCUAUCCGGCCAUCCUCACGCCCACCCACCCCUUUGGCACGCAGGAUCAUUAUACUUGUAGCAUACUCUUCUAGAAUCCAAUACCCCCUCUAGACAAAACCCACAUAAUAGCAACAGAAGACAGAGUCAACCAGAGUGAAGAGUGCACAGACCACUUAUUCCCUGAC